UGGUUACCUCUUUAUUUACGAGAUGCGUUACAAUCUGGAAGGGACGUCUUUGGCGAGUAUAAUUACUUAUACGCAAUUUCUAAAACGGUGUGCCAAGCAUAAAGCCUUAGACACCGGCGCUAUUAAAUAAAAAUGCAACAGUGAGAAUUACGUUAGAUAUCGUCCGAAAACGAUCGCGACGUUUGCAUCUUGUACAUAGGAAAACGGUACCGCCGCGUUAAACCCGCAUAACCCGCGCACACUUUGUUCGUGUUAAAAAUGCCUGCGGUCUAUUUGAUAUAAUUUAUGCAAUUUGCAUGGUUGCUACUUUCACAGCAUAAAGGAUGAAGCAACGAUGAAGAGGCCCUCUUCGCAAUACGCUGGCCUGUACUUUUAGACGGUCCCAUAGAUAUUUAAAAAUUAGUAAUUUUAAUGCAAACAAGACGAAGAGCUGACACACGAGCGGUGCUUACUAGCAAGCAGGACACAGUAACAAACGCUGUAUAUUUAUGGACAGGAUAAAUGCAUAGCCUACUUUCAGUUUGGGUGAAACUAUAUAAUUAAAAUAUUACUGUAUUUAAUUUUUUAAGAGAAUGCGUUCUAAAAUAAAAUAUUUGUGCACGUGGCUUGCAUUUCGCUGCCUCAGAUACUAGAAAACAAUCGCCUUAUGUUAUUACUGUACCAAAAUAUAUCUAGCAAUGUCGAUUUCUCAAAAUAUGAACGAAUAAUCAUUACACUGAGAAUAAAUUACGGUAUUUGUAAUACUAGGUUUAUUUUAAUACUAGGCCAGGGUGUAACGUAUUACAACAGAUUUCUUUGUGUGUAUUAUAAUACUUAAUUAUAACAGUAAAUUGGACAGUAGCGUAGGAACCACCCUCUACGUCUACGUACCCGUUCCAGAAUGGCCUCGUUCUUACCCCAUCUCAAAGCCGUCUUUAUGAUGCGCUCGUUCCCAUUGGUUAAAACGGUUCAAUAUCCCGCCCAGUCAAAGAUUAAACUAGAAAUUAUAGCCAACCAGCAUCGCACACUUAUAUACUGUAUUUUCAUGUGAUUGAAAUGUAGUUACACUAUUUUCUGUGAAAAGACGAUAAAAAUAAAACAAUGCAUUGAAUUUUUGAAUAUAUUCCCUGUGAUGGGUUGGCGUUGUGUCCAACCCUGUGUCCUAUGCUGACCUUCCACAUCCCUGACCAGGAUAAGCAGUUAGAAGAUGGAUGGAUGGAGAUACACUUUCAUAGCUAUAAGGAAUGACGGUGCGUUUUAACCGUCUGUGCAUCAGUUUUCCGCACCAAUUCUGGACCCAGGUGAUCCAAACCCUUUCAGCAGAGUAGACUGAGUGCGUGUGUGUGCAUGAGGGGCGAUGACCACUCAGGACCUGUCGCCGACGGCGAUGCCAGAAGCGAACAAGCCGGGAUUCCCGAAGACCAUAUUGGCCAACAAACUUGAGGACAAGCAUCUGUGCAAUUGCUGCCGGAACAUUCUGAGGAGACCGUUCCAGGCCCAGUGUGGCCAUCGAUUCUGUUCAUACUGCUUUAACAGGACUGUCAGUUCUGGACCACAGAAAUGCAGUGCUUGCAUUGAAGAAGACAUAUUUGAGGAGCCCAUGUCUAUCCUCAAGCCGGGCUGUGCCUUCCCAGAUAACGCCGCUCGCAGAGAAGUCGAGAACCUUGCCGCAGUUUGCCUAAACGAGGGAUGUACCUGGAAAGGCAGUAUUAAAGAAUACGAGCUGAACCACGAGGCUAAGUGUGAGUUCAUGGUCAUCGCCUGUCCCUCCUGCAAAGAGCACAUCCGGUUUAGCGAGCAAGAGCGACACAAUGAGCGGGAGUGCUCUGAAAGGACCCUCAACUGCAAGUACUGCAAGGAGCCAUUCCACUUCAAGAACAUAAAGGCUCAUGAUGAGAUCUGUCCCAAGUAUCCUAUGAUUUGUGAGGGCUGUGCAAAGAAGAAGAUCCCCAGAGAGAAGUAUGUGGACCAUAUCAAAUUCUGCAGUAAAUUCAGGACCCCCUGCAGAUUUCACGUUGUGGGGUGUGAUAUGUCUGUGGAGAAGGAGAAGAUCCACGAGCACGAGCGGGCCUGCUCCUACGAACACCUCAACCUGCUGCUGCACUACAUCAUGGGUCUGAAAGUGAACCUGGAGGGCAUGCAGCCGCAGAGCCUCGAGCUGGCCAGCCACAAGAUCCACGAGCUGCACCAGUCACUGCGGGACCUGGAGGCCAAGGUGGGCCAGCUGGGCUCCCCACCUGCUCCGGCGCAGGCCGUUGCGGCCGCCGCGCCCGCCCCGCCGCCGCCCCCGCCCACGCUGCCCACCUCCUUCACGCCGUUGCCCAGUGCUGCUGGUGCCGCCCUGGAGCUGCAGCUGCAAAGCGAGAAGGCCAAGGUGUCCGAGCUGGGACGCCGGUGCCAGGAGCUGGAGCUGAAGGCCGGGGCCUUUGAGGGCGCCGUGUGCACGUUGAACCGCGAGGUGGAGCGUUCCGCCACCAACCUGGAGGCCAACGUCCGGCAGCACCGCCUGGACCAGGAGAAGAUCGAGGCCCUCGGAAAUAAGGUGCGCCAGCUGGAGAGGACGGUGGGCUUGAAAGACCUGACCAUCAGCGAGAUGGAGAGCAGGUUGCGUGAGAUGUCCGCCACCACCUUCGACGGCGUCUUCGUCUGGAGGAUCUCGGACUUCGCCAAGAAGAGGCAGGACGCCAUAGCGGGCCGAGCCCCUGCCAUGUUUUCCCCAGCAUUCUACACCAGUAAAUACGGCUACAAGAUGUGUCUGCGGAUUUAUCUGAACGGCGACGGCACGGGCCGCGGCAGCCACCUCUCCCUCUUCUUCGUGGUGAUGCGGGGGCUCAGCGAUGCUCUACUCAAGUGGCCCUUCAACCAGAAGGUGACGCUGAUGCUGCUGGAUCAGAGCAACCGCGAGCACAUCAUCGACGCCUUCCGGCCCGACGUCAGCUCCAGCUCCUUCCAGAGGCCCGUCAGCGAGAUGAACAUCGCCAGCGGCUGCCCGCUCUUCUGCCCGCUCUCCAAGCUGGACUCCAAGAACACCUACAUCCGAGACGACACCAUCUUCAUCAAGGCCAUCGUGGACCUGACCGGACUCUAGCCCCCACCAUCCCUCCUCAGUGCUCCAUGCCCAUACCCACAUUUCCAACCCCCCCCCCCUCCCAAGGCCUCAUCCGAGGUUCCAUUCCAGCUUUGCGCUUUUGGUGAGUCGACGUGCUGUUGGACAUUGUGAAGGUGUGUCCUCUCGGUUCCUGUGCAGUGUCGUGCCCGUGCGCUGAGCUGCUGUGCUUGAUGUCCCUUGGGCAUGGUUUGACUUAUUUAAGUGCAAUUGCUGUUUUAAGGUCAGUCCAGCAGAUGGUGGUAUAGUGACACAGUUGCUGAAGGACUCUGAAACAAAUAAUGUGGUAAAGCUUCAGAACAAGCACAGAGAACAGGGUGUGCUUAGAGAGUAUUGAUGAGUUAUUGCGAAGUAUUUCAUUUUUUUGGAAUGCUAGAUUGGAAACUACUAAAAAUGACUAUUUGGCCAGCAAGGAACUGGCCUCUGAUCAGAUCAUAAUGGUCUGCUUCAGGUUACACCCAAUCAGAAGCUUUUCCCCACCGUUUUACAUAACGGACCAAUGAGUGCCAACAAUAGAAAGCUUCCUGGGACCCCACCAUAUCAGUAUCGGUGAAUACGUUUUGUCAUUUCUGUGCCGUAUCUUUCCAUAUAUAUGAAAAAUAACAUUUUUUUUCAUCAUUUUUUCCACGCUCCUAUUAAAUAGCAUCUGGUGCUAAGUAGUUUGUGUUUAUUAGGGUUAAGGCAUUUGAGCUUCUUACUUUCUUUUCAGUAGAUUGAUGCUGAGACGUGUUGAAGAUUUAAAUGAAGUCCUUGGAUUUCUGUCACUUGCUCGUUUUUGGGUUUGUUUUUGUACAGAUUGCUGACUCAGCUCAGCAAGAGAUACCCUGCCAGUAAGAAUAUAUACCUCAUUAGGAAAUUAGUAGUAGGUGACAGUAGAGAUUAGCUCAAUAUCCACAACGAUUAGUAUCGUGUCCUGUUUGCAUUUCACUGGCCAAUUUUCUCCAUGCACUCGUUCUUUCAUUGUGGAAAAGGGGUGCGGCCACAAACAUUUUGUAAAGCAGCCCUGACAGACACCCGGAACUGUUCUUUGUGUGCAGAGUUGCCAUUUGUAGGUUUAUGGGUAUACUGUCUGUAAACUUAUGAAAGCUUGUUGUGAUGAGUGCCCUUUAAUAAACGGCUACUGGUGAAGAGUUUGUUAGAUUUGACCUUUAUUUUAGUGUUAAGCCCCAGUGGUCAAGUCUCUAGCUCUGUUGUUGGGUUUUGGCUUUUUUAUGAUCGGCCGUUACAAAAAAUACACUACACUGCAUGUUUUUUUUUUAACAAUAGGUUAUUACAAAGAAAUACACACAUUACUUCGUUGUUUCCCUUUUCUCUAUUUAUGGCAUUUGGCCACUAGGGUGCAGUAUUUCACACGAAGCUCUGUGACACACCGUUACUUGCAGCCCCAGUGAAAGGUGACGUCAUGGCAACAUAAACCUUUUAUUGUUCGAACCAGCCUGUCAGAGCCUUUUCAUAAAAAUCAAAGCGCUUGUGAACAUCUAUCAUCUGGAGCCUAACAAGUAGUUAAAUAAGGUGUAAGCACUGCAAACGGGAAGAAACACUGAGUAUAAAAACGUAAGCGCUAGGCUAGACAGGGUUUAUAAUAUAUUUCUUCUAAUAGUGUUUCUUAUUUGCUUCUCUAUGGAAUAUACCAGAAAAUGUUUUAGAAAUGUGUUUUCCAUGUAGCGACUUUGCAAUCAAGCAUAUUUUUUUCCGGCAUCUGGGUUUCGAAGCAAUUUAUUUGAUCACUGAAAGCUGAAAUUGUUCCCGUCUUAUGAAUAAAAGUUCAUUUUGUCGUGCGUAUUUUUCGUUGAAAAUAAUUUCAGAUGAUGUAGGCGAUGUUUAUGGUGACCGUGUGAGUAGAUCUGUUUCCGUAUGCUCCCACGGUUGAAGGUUCGAAUCCUGCCUUUACUGUGUGUGGAGAUGAUAUAUUGUCUCUGUGCUUCUCAGAUUACCUACCAACACUGAUGUUUUUUCCUGUAGUACAAAUCCAUGCAGUUAGGCUAAAUGACCUCUGUAAAUUGCCUGUAGUUUGUAUUUGAUCCCUGUGAUGGUCUGGUAUCUCAGCCUUAUGCCUUGUGCUCUCCAGCCCUGACUAGGAUAAGUGAUCAGAAAAUGGAUAGAAGGUGACUUUCACUGUUAUGCCAUUUUCCGAUUAAAGGCAAACGGCUUUGAAUCAUCCUCUUUUUCUGCUGCCUCUACAUACUGCUCCUGUGCAGCUGAUCUUCAGUCCCCACAUGCUUUGCAUUCAGCUUGGGAACAUGUUUGUUUUUCAGUCUGAAUCUGGUGUUGUUCCUGGAGGCGAGCAAGUUGCCGUGAUCUCCGGGGGUGGGCAAGAUCCUGGCACGAAUUUCAAAAUGCCGCAACUAAAGGCCCGAAUCCCUGCAUUCAGUUCUUUAUUUAAAGUGAAACAAAAAAACACCCCAUUCAUUUAGGUACUGCUGCUCCAUUUAUCCUGGCCUUUAGUGUCCUCCAGACCGCUGUGGUUCGAUCAUUACCCCAUUACCCCAUCUUCCGUCCGUGCGACCGGCAGUGAAUUUGCCGCUAUCUGUUUGUGAUUGCAGUACUUCCCUAAAACGAUUGCCUAAUCUGUCCCUUUUGGUUCUGAGAUGUGAGGACGCACACGCUUGUUAAAAUGGAAGCAGGUGUCUGUGACCAAACAUGAAUCUUUUUACGCAUUCAGACUAGGCCGGGAGGUUUGGCACAAUCCAGAUGGCGUGGCACAGCCAAAAAGGUCUGAUUCUAGUUAGAAUUUAUCUGUACCAACUGUCCCCAUGCUCUUUAAUUUCACUGCCACUUCUGGAGAAAAGGCUCCUGGUCGUGGCCCAUUCUGGGACUU